AUGGCAGAAGAAUCCAAGAUCGUGGACGAAACAGCCGCCCCUCCUGCUGAGGAAGGUAGCAGCUCUUCGGUAGCAGUUAGUUCUGCCCAAGCUGCUGCCGAAUCUGUAGUUCCUGGUGUCGAUAUGUCGCAGUUAGUCGGAAAACUGGAUAAGAAGACAAUGGAUCAGAUUAUUAAGAUGAACCCGGGUUUGAGGGCUGAGACGCAGGGUAAGGAUCCUGCUACGGUCCAGAAAAUGCUGGAGACUAUGAAAUUGGGAGAGCUAUUGGCUGGAAUGGCUACUGGUAAGAAUGCGAAGGAUAUGGCAAGCUAUAAGUUUUGGCAGACGCAACCUGUUCCUCGAUUCGAUGACGACGCGGAGAAACAGCAAGAGGAGGGCGAGAUAAAGAAGGGAGACCUAGACCUUGUUCCAAAAGACCCUGCACAGCUUCUUGACGAUUUCACAUGGUGUACCGUUGAUCUUGAGAAUGAAGAAGAGCUUAAGGAGGUCUACACUCUUCUCAAUGGUCACUAUGUCGAGGACGACGAGGCAAUGUUCCGAUUCGCCUACUCCCCAGCUUUCUUCAAGUGGGCCCUAAAACCCCCAGGCUGGAAGAAGGAAUGGCACGUCGGUGUCCGUGUGAAGGCCAGCAAUAGACUUGUCGCAUUCAUUUCCGCUAUCCCUCUAACCCUCAAAGUGCGCGCCGCUACCCUCAAUUGCUCCGAAGUCAACUUCCUCUGCAUCCACAAGAAACUCCGCAAUAAGCGUCUAGCCCCGGUACUCAUCCGUGAAGUUACCCGUCGUUGUAACGUCGAAGGUAUCUGGCAGGCAUUGUACACCGGUGGAGCCGUUCUACCAACCCCAGUUAGCAGCUGCAGAUAUUACCACCGCAGUUUGGAUUGGCUGAAGUUGCAUGAAGUUGGGUUUUCGCCGAUGCCACCAAAUAGUACCAAGGCCAAGCAGAUCACAAAGUAUGCACUGCCGUCAGAGACUAAGAUUCCUGGGUUGCGAUUGAUGCAGAAGAAGGACAUUCCAGAGGUCAAGGUCCUUUUGGAUAACUACUUGGCUAGAUUUGAGAUGGCGCCGAUAUUCUCGGAAGAGGAGCUCGAACAUUGGUUCCUCCACAAGGGUGAGGAGAAGGAUGAAGAUAGAGUUAUUUGGACCUAUGUCGUUGAGGACCCUAAAUCUAACAAAAUCACCGACUUCUUCAACUUCUACUGCCUCGAAUCCUCAGUUAUCAAUAACUCCAAACACGGCAUGAUCAAGGCCGCCUACCUCUUCUACUACGCCUCCGAAACCGCAUUUGCGCACUACAAGGACGGCGAUGCCAUGAAGACCGCGUUGAAGAAGCGAUUGAACGAACUUAUGCAGGACGGGUUGAUCGAAGCCAAAAAGAUGAAUUUUGAUGUCUUCAACGCUUUGACAUUGUUGGAUAAUGUACUGUUCCUCGGUGACCAAAAGUUCGGAGCCGGCGAUGGACAGUUGCAUUACUACUUGUACAAUUACAGGACGGCGCCUAUUGCUGGUGGCAUGAAUAAUAAGAUGGGAUUGGAUGAGAAGUUUGGAAGCGGGAUUGGAAUGGUUAUGUUAUAG